UAACAUGAAGUUGUUUGGAAUGCCCAGUAGGAUAGUAAUAUCAUAUUUAAACAAGGAUUCUGGUGUGUUGUGAUCAGUGUGUGAUAUUGAAGCAAGUGUGACUAUUCGCAAGAUGUUCAAGAUUACGUUCGUGCUGGCAGUAGUCGUGAUGACGACGGUCACUGCCCAGUUCGGUGGCCGGGGCGGAAGACAAGGUUUUGGCGGUGGUGGUUUCGGUGGCCAAGGAGGCUUCGGAGGCCAGGGAGGAGGCUAUCGCGGCCAAGGAGGGUUCGGUGGCCCCGGAGGAGGCAGCUUCGGCGGGGGAUACGGACGCCCAGGCGGUGGAUUUGGCGGACAGGGAGGUUUCAACCAAGGAGGAUUUGGACAAGGUGGAUACGGAGGACAGCAGGGAGGAUAUGGUCAAGGAGGCUUUGGGGGACAAGGGUUCGGUCAAGGAGGCUAUGGACAAGGCGGUUUCGGAGGACAGCAGGGAGGAUAUGGUCAAGGAGGCUUUGGGGGACAAGGGUUCGGUGGCCAAGGAGGGUUCGGUCCUGGGGGCUUCGGUGGUGGCUUUUAAAGUAGACGGUAACGUCUAAAAACUAAGGACUUGAAAUAAAAACAUUGUGAUAGUAACAUAUGCUAUUAUUUUAAGUAUUUUAUUAAAAUUAAAUUAUAAAGUUAAAA